UUGUUUUCAAACUCUAUUCUUGUUAUCUGUUUUCAGAUCCAUCCAGCUGAGCAUAUUUGGCUUCCAUCAUCCGGCCCUGGAUCAUCGACAUCCGUGGACUCAGAGUGUUACGUCGGAGACAAGGAUUGUCGUAAAACGGGCGAAAAACGUCGAUGCGCUGCCUGUCAUGUGGUGGCUCAUACUUCGUGCUUUUCUCUUCUGGUUAAACUGAAUCUGAAUUGCAAAAUCACAUUCCACGAUCAUACCGUGAAGAAGCAGUCGCUGAAAGAAUCAUUAGACAGCCUCAGUAUGCAUCACUGGGUUCAUAAGUGGCGUCAUGAAGGUCGUUGCAGUCAGUGUGGUAAAUCGUUCCAACAGAAAAUGUUCAAUUUCCAACAGAAAGAAAAGGUAAGAAUAUUCAAUGUUUCGGUCCAUCAACAAAUUUUUUGA